GCGCCGCCCGGCUCAGUCACCGCCCGCUGCAGGCCAUUCUGCAGGGGGUGGCCGAGAUGGCGGACGUGUCUGAGAGGAAGUUGCAGCUGUGCGUGCUGUUGGCGUUCACCUCCGGAGUACUCGUGGGCUGGCAGGCGAACCGGUUGCGGAGGCGCUACCUCGACUGGAGGAAGCGGAGACUGCAGGACAAACUGGCGGUGACGCAGAAGAAGCUGGAUCUGGCCUGA